ACAACAUGCGUGACAAAUACGACCUUUGAUACUUUUGUUUGUUGUCGUCUUGAACUUAACCUGAAGACUUUGUUGAUAAUGUUAUACAACUUUUUACCAACAAAUAGGAAAGCUGAUUCGGGCUCAGAGGUGUGACUGCACGUGGGGAAGAAGUGUCUUGACUCUUGACUCUUGACUCUUGAAUCUCUGAGUCUGAAAACAGGGAGUUAAAGCCGGUAUUAAGUUGAACGAGAAGGUAAAAGUGAGACUACAGAGGUGGUCACGAGGUGCUUAGUAAGUUGUAAUGGCGGAUUGUGGCGUCGUGUGACUCUACAGUUAUUUAAGAAAGAGGAUCUUAUUAUCCUUCAGAUUGCACCAGUUGUACGUUCGGGGUAUCAGGCAGAUUUGAGAGUAUAAAUGCCUGAAUUGACUGAAUUAGAGAAACCAUCAACUUCAAAAGGAAAAAUGCAAGGUGAUGACUCUGCAGGAGGUUCUGGUACCGAGUCAGAGUCAGAGGCAUCAGUCCCUGAACUUGAAGAGGCCGGUCCAAGUGGAGAACCAACAGUUUUCUCUCCUGGAACAGGGUUGCCAAUUGACUUGGUCAGCAAAGCAAAACAAAGUCGUGGAGAGAAGAAGGCUCGAAAAAUAAUGUCCAAACUUGGGCUUAAGCAAGUGCAAGGUGUCAAUAGAGUUACAGUAAGAAAAUCUAAGAACAUACUGUUCAUUAUAAACAAACCAGAUGUGUAUAAAAAUCCAGCAUCUGAUACGUACAUUGUUUUUGGUGAAGCAAAGAUAGAAGACCUGAGCCAGCAGGCACAAAUGGCAGCAGCAGAGAAAUUCAAAACAGCUGAAGUGUCUACUGCUGCAGAAGCAAGCACAAAUGCAAAAAUUGUUGCACCAAUUCAAGAAGAGAGUGAGGAGGAAGAAAUUGAUGACUCAGGUGUUGAAGAGAAAGAUGUUGAACUUGUUAUGUCUCAAGCAAAUGUCAGCAGAGGAAAAGCCAUAAAAGCAUUGAAAAAUAAUCGCAAUGAUAUUGUCAAUGCCAUUAUGGAACUGACAAUGUGAUUAUCAGUGUUCCUUGAUUCUGUGGCGUGUGUAAUUUGGAUGCACAGCAGCCUUUUAUCAUCAGGGUGUGUGGAGUCAAUGAUGUCAUUGUGUACGUGAUCAUAUCUGUUUAAGAAGACACUUCUGUUGACUUUUACUCAUUAACUUCUAUGCUGAGUGGAACACACCAUGUGUUUUAAAUCAAUUUUGGGGAGCCCUUAUUCAGUGAGCAUUGAUUUUGAAGGAAAAAUAUACAAAUACUUUGGAUCCAUGAUACCUCUUAGUUCUAAUCAUAAUUUGGUCUUUAAAUACUUAAUGGUUGUGAACCACAUUACAUGCAUUAAACUAUGCACACCCACCCCCAUGUGUUCUUUGCUCAUUUCUGAUUCUGCUUAUUUUAUCUGUGUUUAUGUUUUCGUUCCAUGUUGCAAGAUAUCUUACGUCAGAAAAACAAACAGUUAUUCUAUUUGAGUACAAUGUGUUCCACAGUUCUGUCAGGUGUACUGUAAUAGAAAGCCAUCUAUAAAUGUUUGUGUAGGUAAACAAAGUGAAUCUUUGUACAUUGUGAAUCAGCUCUUGCCCUCGAAAGCUAGGUGUGUGUGUGUGUGUGUGUGUGUGUGUGUGUGUGUGUGUGUUUGGUUUUCAGUACUUAUGAUUUGAAGCCAGAAAUUGGCUACAUUGUUGUUUUUUCCUCUGUGCCACUUUGUAUGUUUUAUGAAAUAAAAACUGUUAAUAUUUACAUGA